UAAAAAAAAAUCGAAAUAAUGAGUAGAAACACGCAAAUUUAAACAGAAAAAGUGAAUGAUAGAAAUUUUACAUAGAUAUAUUUAAAUAUUUAAUAAGAAAUUACAUAAAAUAUGUUUCGCCAUCGACACUUAGAGCGCGAAAAGAUUAUUAUUUAAUCUUCGAAGAAUGAAGCAGCGUUGCGUUGUGUAUAUAAACAUAACAAUAACAAAUUUUGAAGUUUUAUAAAAGUCAUAUCAAAAUUAUCAGUAGCAUCAUAACACUUAUCCACGGUUGGUCAAAAUAGAAAUUAAAAUAUGGACGUUAACGUUGAAGAAAUAUACAGAUGGAUAGACGGUUUUACUAUAUCGCGACCAAAACGUAACAUACACAGAGAUUUUUCAGAUGCAGUUCCAUUGGCGGAAAUCAUCAAAAUCCAUUUUCCAAAAUUAGUCGAUUUACACAAUUACAGUCCGAAAAAUGCUUUGGCACAAAAAAUCAUCAACUGGAAUAUAUUGAACAAAAGAGUUUUAGCGAAAUUACGUAUCCAUCUAAACACGCAACAAAUUGAGGAGUUGGCCAAAUCUACUCCAGGAGCGAUCGAAAAGCUUUUAUUUAAUGUUAAACAGCGCGUCGAUGAGAAAAGUGAUAAAGAUAAUAGUAGACCUGGAAGCGAUAUUUAUGUUGUCGAAGGAUUAUCUGCUCAAGUUACCGGCGAAGUAGUUCCAAUUAAGGUUAAAAGUGGGUCGAAAAUUUUAGAUCAAAAAAUUGUACCCUCCGAUAUGUAUGAUAAUAUGAAAAAGGAUAUCGAGGAAAAAGAAAGUGCUAUAAGUACAUUAAAAAACAAGGUUGAGCAUUUGGAAAGUUUAUUAAGAAUGAAAGAUGAACGUAUCGGUGACCUUUCCGACCAAAUUAAACGACUAUCCGAUACUAAUAACACCUCUUCUGGGAAUCGAUUUCUGCCAAAAAUGUUUAGCACGGAUAAGUAAUUAAUAUCAAUUAUACUAAUUUAUUAAUAAAUAUUUAAAAAGAAA